UCCUUUGUAUCUGUGUCUGUAGGUUGGAUGGGAGGAAGAAUAGUUUUGUGGAAGAUAAAGGGUAGAUUUUAAGUCACAGGAUUUGAAAUCUUCUAUUCCCAAUUCUGCUGUAGACUCACUGGGUGCCCUUGGGCAAGUCACUUCAUUUCUCUGCGCUUCAGUUCCCCCAUUCUGUGAAAGGGUCAGAUUAAUAUUUGCCACAGGGAUGUUGCAAGACUUAAUUCAUGUUUGUAAAACAUUGUUUAAUUUCUGUCAACACUGUACAUGGUCCUUCCAGCUGUGAGUUCCAGAGCUUCGGAACCAGACAAAAAACCGAAGAAAGUGAAGCAUUAGUAACAGGGAAAAUAACACUAUUUCUACAGCUGUGGUAAGAGGCAACAAUGUCUGUGCUGCUGGAAUUAUCAACUGCUUAGUAAGCAUAUAAGAGAGUGGAGGAGAUAAGCAGCAAAUUCUGCUGCUGCCGCACCUCCCUCGCCCCAGGUGGGGAAAAAAAACAACAGAAGAAAAGUUUUUAACUUUGGGUUGAAAAUUCCACAUUAUUGGCAUGACCUAAGGCCCUGAAUCAACCGUAUGAUGCAGUGCAAAUAGGUUUGUUUCCAUUCAAGUAUCUAUAUCAAGGUAGCUACACCAAUGAAAACUUCCCGUGGAGAUGUGCUGCACUGGUAUAAGAUGAAACUUGCAUCAGUAUGACCAUCCCUGGUAAAUUGUACUUGUACAAGCUCUAUUUGUCACUGGUGCGUUGUAUGAAUAUUAGGACUUUUGCUCCAGCAUAAUUGCAUUGAUGCAGUCCAUUGCUGAGUUUGUGUACCGUAAGGGUCAGUGGUUCGCAGUAGUUCAAUCCCCCACAUAGGCUACAACUUGUAAUGUGAUGGCCCAUAUGGGAAUUUAAACUGCUGUGAACCUUUGAUGCUCUGGAGGCGCUUCCCUGGCCAAGGAGAGUACGUACUACACCAAUACAACGUGGUUCUUUGUCCACGCCCCACCCCCAUUGGUAGAUGUCAUGUAGAGGCUCAUGGGUCUGCUGUACUCUCUGGAUUAAUGGAUCUGGUCCUUCAGCUUUGGCAACAGAGGCUCAUGCUCUUUAGAGUCAGAGGUCAUGGGUUAAAACCCUGCUAGAGGCUUUUUGGCACUUCCAUAACAUUUAAAAACAGAAUCAAGUCUGAGUUCUCUCUGGCUUAGUGAUGUGCCUUCUGUUGCGUGUCUCUUAGAAAAGUCAAAGCCUGUGUGCUGCUGUCUGUGAGGAUGUGCGUAAGAUGGCAGAGUCCCUGUCAUGUGGGACGAACUGGAUUGAAACCAAAUCAAUGAUGGAAAUGGAAAAACUCUGCUUGGAAAAGCUAAAAUUCCAGCUGGAGGGAAGGCAAGAUCUUUAGCCUGGAAAGAGAUGUGCUAACUUCCUUUUUAGGUCUGCAAGAAGAGCACAUGACAUAAAGGAAGAUGGUAUCUCUAACCACUGGAAAACAGCGUUCUUACAUAGCCACCAUUCCACUGUUACUUGCUGCUGCCUUCGUUGUUGCUGUACACAGUGAUUGUGAUGAGCCACCGCGUUUUCAUUUUGCUGAGCUAAAGGAGGAGUAUAGAAAUCGGAGUAAGUUUGCUGUUAGUAGCAAAGUGGAGUACAACUGUCGCUCAGGUUAUACCAAGGUACAAAAGUCCAUUCUUUAUUGCACGUCACGUUCUCAAUGGUCAGACGCCCUACAGUUUUGCAGGGCAAGAUCAUGCCGUCACCCUGGAGAGCCAGAAAAUGGCAGACUUGUUAUUCUAUCAGAUCUCACGUUUGGUGCAACAGUAAACUUCAUCUGUGAAGAGGGGUACAGACUAAUUGGAAAUGCAGAAAGAAAAUGUGUGCUUGAAGGAUCACAGGUUACAUGGGACAGAGAUAUUCCAUACUGUCAAGUGAUACCUUGCCUUCCUCCUCCAAUAAUAAAGCACGGGACACAUACUGGGACAACGAUGGAGGAAUUCAACUAUGGGACAUCUGUCACUUACCAGUGUGACACUGUAGAAAGGGGACAGGUUCCUUUCUCACUUAUUGGAGAGGCCUCCAUUCACUGUACAUCCAAGGAUAACGUAAAUGGAGACUGGAACGGGCCUGCCCCGGAAUGCAAAGUUGUUCGCUGUGAACAGCCAAAAGUUGACCAUGGAAAACAGAUGACUGGAUAUAGUCUUGUAUACACCUACAGAGCCUCCGUUCUGUUUGAGUGUGAACACCGCUACACCCUCAAAGGCAGUAACAUACUUCAUUGCAAUGAAAAUAGUAGAUGGGAUCCUCAGUUACCAGUUUGUGAGCGAAGUAGCUGUGAUGACCCACCUUAUAUUCAUAAUACUUUACGAGAUCAUUCUAACAGCAACUUGUUUCCGGCUGGGACAGUAGUGAAAUAUAACUGUGUGAGAGGUUAUGAGUUAAUCCCUGAAAUAUCCUCUGCGAGUGUUACCUGUCAAAAAGAUUUUACAUGGUCUGAACAUCAAGAAUUUUGUCGGAAAAUUAGAUGUUCAUCUCCAGACAUUACCAAUGGAAAAGCAAUACCUAGAAAAGAAACCUACAUGUAUGAGGACAAGAUUCGCAUUGAAUGUAAUUCCGGUUAUGCCCUCAAAAACAAGAAUGGAUUGAUUAAGUGUGAACAUAAUCGUGCAUGGCAUCCUCCAUUACCAAUUUGCGAACCGGCUUGUGAGUCACCUGCACGCAUCGCUAAUGGACGGGACGACCGCGGCUUGAAAGAUGUUUUCCUUGUUGGCUCAAGUGUGACCUAUGAAUGUGACCGUGGUUGGUCACUUGUUGGAGUAUCCUCCAUUCAAUGUACAGCUGGUUAUUGGGGAACUCCACGCUGGAAUGCACCAGUCCCUGAGUGCAAAGCUUGUGAGCCACCUGCGCGCAUCGCUAAUGGACGGGACGACCGCGGCUCGAAAGAUGUUUUCCUUGUUGGCUCAAGUGUGACCUACGAAUGUGACCGUGGUUGGUCACUUGUUGGAGUAUCCUCCAUUCGAUGUACAGCUGGUUAUUGGGGAACUCCACGCUGGGAUGCAUCUGUCCCUAAGUGCAAGGAGAGUCUUCGUUGUCCCAAUCCAGUAAUUGAACAUGGAGAACAGGUCUCUGAAUAUACUGAAUAUACAGUUGGAAACCAUGUUGAGUUUCAGUGUGAAUCUGGCUACAUCCUCAAAGGCAGCAAGUCGACUCAAUGCCAGGCAAAUGGGACGUGGGAUCCUCCAGUGCCAUCUUGUAUUAAGGUUGGGUGUCCAAAACCAGAUGUGCAAAAUGGAGGAAUAGUCAAUGUGUCAGAUGAAAAAUUGUGGUACAACAUGGAUGAAAGCAUUACUUUCACAUGCUCUCCUGGGUACCAAUUUUCAGACCUUUGGUAUCAGUCUACAACAGACAGUUUCACUAUUACAUGUUCAGCUGAUGGCACCUGGACGGUGUUACCCAAGUGUGAGAAGCAAAUCGAUUCUCCUCUGUGAAACAUGGUUCGCGAAACUGUACAGAUUCUCCACUGCGGUCUAUCUCUGGCAGAACUGAGAACCCGUCUGGAAGCACAGAAACUGUAUCUGGAGAUUCAGAAACUUAAGCGAGACCUACAAAAAUACAAGGAAUAGCUGAAAUCUGUGACCCGUUACUGUGACAAACUGUCUCCUUUCGAUGUAAUUUGUAUAAUUACUUUGUACAUAUGAUGAUUGUUACUAUUUUCAGAGAACUUGCUAGUACGUCUAGUGAUCCAGGAAGAUAUUAGCCAGUACCUCAGGAAUCAGAUAUUUUUCAUGCUGUGUGCCAGUGAUUAAAGUUUUGGGGUUUUUUGCUAUUUCCUUUCAAUCUCCCAAAUGUAAGUCCCUACUUGAUAAACUAGGGAUCUGAUCCUCUUAUAUGUUUGUGGGGGGCUAUAGUAAAAGGAUUGAAUUCAGAUUCCUUUCAGUUCGGAAAGGGAAAGCAAGUUGAGAGAAACUAGAUUAAAAUGUACGGAAGUAAAACUUCAAUUGACGCAAGCUUCAGACCCUAUACAGAAUACACCAACAGCCUUGAGCUUUCAGAAUUCAUCCAACUGUUGCAUAUAUUUUACCUUAAUGCAUUAUAACCCAAACAUAUUUAAAGUAGUGAAUGGCUAUUUAACGGCCUGAUUUCCAUGAACCUUAAGGACAUCUCUGUUCACAAAUCCCUCUGCCUCACUGAAAAUUUAAAGGUUAAAAAAGCCAAUUUCUGCCCUAUCCUCUUAUUUAAAAAGUCGGCAGUUUUUUCCUCCCAAACUGAACAAAUCUAUUUUUGGUUGACAUCAGUGCUGAUCUCAUCUGUAGCAUUUCUAUAUCCUCUCACACACUCCCACAAAUCAAUGGUGAAAAUUUAACUGUAGACAGCAACCCACUAAACAUUUCCCCAUUGCCCAAUGAAUGAUAGGGGUGUCCUCUAACCUACACCUUUGUGAUCAAGCAAUUAUUUCUGCCCUGUAGGGCUACAAUAAACUGCAACUGUAAAAACU